AUGGAAGCUCGCGCGCGGGUCGGCGCCCGCCUGCCGCGCCGACCUCGCGAGGGCUCGGAGAUGCUCCAGGGGCUCGCUGAGCUCCUGCUCCCUCUCCGUGCCCCGCUCCUCGCGCGAGUCGCCGAGGAUGGCCCUGCCACCGGCCUCGAAGCCGUCGCUGCCGAGGACCUCCAGUCGGGUUCCUUCUGCUCGUCCUCGGCGCAGGCGUCGGGCUCCGCGAUGCGCCUCUGCUUGUUGCGUGUAGCCGUCAGGCACCUGCACCGCCUUGUCGAUUUCGUCCUCAACGACAUCCUCUCUACCUUCUGGAGCCGGUCCUCCCCGUAG